GAGGCUACAGCGAGUGUCGCAUGGUCUUCUCCAGAAGUGAGCAUCUCGCCUGGCACAUAGGAAACACACCGGCGAACGCCCCUUCACCUGCCAUUGUGGAAAACAGUUUUCUCGUCUCGACAACCUCCGCCAACAUGCCCAGACCGUACACGCAGACAAGCAGGACCAGAACGAGCGUAUGAUGCGCGAACUCACCUCUCUCCAUGCCUCCAUGGCUGCCGCAAACAAGGCUGGCCAGUCCAGAGGGAAAAGAGAUAACCCCGCUCUUCACUCCCUCGAUCUCGUAAAAGAGGAGGACCAGCCUUCGCUUCCCAUCCACCAGCGUCCCGGCACAAGCACUGGCUACGAGGGCACCGACAGCAUCCUCUACCACUCUGACCACUGGUCAGACGACCUCGAUCGCUCAGAUACAAGGGCCCACAACAGUCAUUCCUUUCGUGACUCCACCCAGUCCUUUCUUGCCCCCCCAUCAGCUUCAUCUCCAUUCCUCCUCGGUUCACACUCCCAGUCCUUUCUCCCCUUCCCCACCAACUCAUUCAACAUCGGUCUCUCCUCACGGGAUGGUC